ACCCCGACAGAAGUCUCAGCAGAACCCCCAGCCGUCCUACCUCAACCUCCACCCCGUGAAGAGGACACCAUCUCCACCCCUGCACCCUGCGACCCCUGUGACCCUACACCCAGGAGCUCAGACUCUGACGGAGCGUUCGAGACACCGGAGUCGACCACCCCUGUCAAGUCCCCCGCUGGAGAGACAGACCAUCAUACCCAGCUGCUGACCUCGGAAGACACCGGUCUUGGCUGUGACUCUGAGGCAGAUGGUGAACCCGGGUCAGAGGCUAAAGGUCACCAUGGUAGCUCCCUGUCCAUAGUCUUUGACGAGGACAAGCCCAUAGCUGCUAGCGGAGCCUAUAACUUAGACCAGCUCAUUGCUGCUGCUGCUGCUGCUGCAGAGGCCCAGAGCCGAUCAACUCUAACCCGCUCUCUGAGCCUUCAGGCUGGGGAGCUAGACGGCUCCGGACCCCUAGACAGCGUAGGAUCCUCCCUCUCAAUCGGAGWCUCCCYUCCCRUGGCUGAGGCCUUUAGUAUCGACGGUGGUACUGAGAGUGCUCCGGGGACCCUCCGCAGACCGUCCAAGAAGGGGCCUCUCCGCCCUGGUGGCUCCCUGAAAAAGAAGCCUCUCCUCAGGCAGAGCUCUAACCCAGAGAGCCCCCAACCUCCAUCCUCUGGUGUCACACCGGAGCUGAAAAAGAGCACCAGAGCAGCUAGUCCCCUAUUGGGCCCCGAGGACCAGGAAGUAGGAGGAGCCACAACAGACUCUGGCCCUGCCUCGGCCACGCCCAGUCCAGGAGGCACGCUCAGCAGAACCAGGAAACCACGUGUGGAAAGCCCCGCCCCUCUCAUUGAAGAGACCAAUCACACUAGCCCAGAGACAGAUAACCAACCAAUCCCAACCCCUACUCCUGUUCCGACCCAGGCCAUUUCCAUACCCCUCCGACAGGAGGAUACCUCCAUCCCAGUGCCGGAGGCCCCUCUCCCAGCCAGCGAGGGCUCCUCUCCCAUCCCCCCUAGUGGGGCCUACAAAUGGGACCCAGACAACUUUGAGGACAUCGACCCAUUCAACACCGGCGGUAGUAAAGUCGCUAACUCUCCCCCGUUGGGAAGGAAAGGAGUCGCUAACUCUCCCCCGUUGGGAAGGAAAGGAGUCGCUAACUCCCCCCCGUUGGGAAGGAAAGAAGUCACUGCGUCCAUUGCUCACAAAACUGUCACCCCUGUGUCUAGCCCCCCUCCUGUCUCUACUGAGGAACCAGCUCGUCCCUCUACCAGCCCCCCUAUUCGCACCUCAGGGGCGGUCAGGCUGGAGUUUGACUAUUCUGAGGAGACCCUCGAGGAGCCUCCRAAGGCCUCUCCACCUCCCAAGAAGCUGGGCAGGAAGCCAGGCUCCAAGAUGCCUCUAAGGAAGCCCAGGAUGGGCCUGAAGAAGGCUGUCCAGCCGCCAUCGGAACCCCUAGACAACACCCCCGCCACCGUCCCCGGUGAUGACAUCCCUAUCCAUAAGGCUUCCUAUAACUUUGACCCCGCCCAGUGGGACGACCCUAACUUCAACCCGUUCGGCUCUAACAGCGAGAUCCCCGUCUCUCCCAAGCUGAACAAACCCUCCAAUAGAUUCGACUCUGACACCUUCGACGAGUCUGCUGCCUUCAAGUCCUCCUCCAAUAGCAUGGCUGCGUCUCCGCCCACGGCUGCCUCAGGCUCCGCCUCCUUUGAGGUGUCGGCCAAUGACAAUGAGGUUGAUAACGAUAACGAUAACGUCGGUGAGCUGGAGGACCACAACCAGAACAAACCAUCCAAAACGAAGAAGAAACCUAUCAAAUC